AUGUCAUCGCUGCGUCAUGUCAUCGCUGCGUCAUGUCAUCGUGCUGAUGAAACGAUAACCGAGAAAGAAGCGACGUUUUAUCCCAUUGAAUUUCUAAACUCUUUAAGUAUAUCAGGAUUACCACCUCACAAACUUUUACUCAAAGUCAGGGUACCUAUAAUAUUAAAGCGUAACUUAAAUUCUGCUUCUGGUUUAAAUAAUGGGACUAAAUUGAUUAUAACUUAUUUGCUACCAAAUAUAAUUGAGUCGGAAUUUGUUUCUGAUAGUUUUCUCAGUACUAAAGUUCUCAUUCCUAGAAUAAGUUUAAUUCCUAUAGAUUCUGAUUUGCAAUUUUCCUUUAAGCGCCGCCAAUUUCCCGUGAGACCUGCUUUUGGCAUGACAAUUAAUAAAGCUCAGGGACAAACGUUGAACAAAGUUGGCAUAUGUUUAUCUCAUCCUGUUUUUUCACAUGGACAGCUAUAUGUAACUAUCUCUCAAGUUUGUUCUCCUCAUAAACUAAAGAUUAUAACCAAUGAUAAAACAAGAACUACAACCAAUGUGGUAUAUCGUGAGGUUAUAUUCGACUAA